UUUGCGGAUUUUACAUACACACAUGAAACGCAGUACUUACGGAAACUAACGAAUAUUUUGUUUUGGUCCCGGUGCGCGAACUCGCGCAUCCGCGCUAGCGAGUCGUGACUAGUCGAUCCUACGACUUAACAUUUCUGCCAGGGAGAUAUAUAUACUCAAGACGGACUUUUUAGUCUCUUUCUUAUUAAUGUGUGACUCCUACAGGACAAACCUCUUAUCUCUUGGAGCAGUGGGCUCGCUUUGCUCUUAGCCAUUACAGAUGCUUCGUUUUGUAGCUGACACUUUUAUGUUAUUCCCAGCCCCAAUCACAUAAUGUUAUAUGUUCACAUCUAUGUGCGUGCAUAACCAGAAGACAUUGGCAGUAAAGAAGACUUUGUACUUCAUUGCUCAGAAUCAACAUUUACAAUCUUGAGAAAGAUUAAAGAAAAAAGUCUCGGAAUAUGUGAACACUUGAUGGAAUUACUGUGGAAUAUUUCUUCUGAAUGAGAGCAUUAGUAAAAUGUCUCUACUUCUCUAUCUGGAAUAUGUUGAAGAUGAUGGUAUUGCAAUUAAACUUGGAUUCCAAAGGAAUAUGAGGUAUCUGCAGAUAUUGACCGAGACAAAAUUAAUGGAAAUAUAAGAGAAUAAAUAUUUGUUAAGAGUAAAAAAAAUUUGGUUCAGCAUAAGAAAAACAUCUGAAUAUUGUGGUAAAAGAAGGAAAAUAAUGGAAAAUGAAUUGUGUGAAGGGAAUAUUAAAUGUAAAUCAGAGUUUGAAAAUAAUGAUUCUCUUGAUAAAAUGCCAAAUGAUGAAGAGAAAAUGUCAUAUUGUUGUGAUAUAUGUAAGAUGCCAUUCUCUCGAAAAAGUAAACUCACUGUUCACAAAAGUAUACACACAAAAGAAAAACCAUAUAGCUGUAACAUCUGUGGUAAAUCAUUCUCUCAAAGUGAUGAUUUAACUAAACAUCAGUGCAUUCAUACAGGAGAGAAGCCAUAUCAUUGUGGUAUCUGUAGUAAAUCAUUCUCUGGUGCAAAUAGCAUUACUAAAUACAAAUACAUUCACACAGGUGAGAAGCCAUAUCACUGCAAUAUCUGUGGCAAAUCAUUCCCUUCAAAAGAUACUCUAAAUACACAUGUGUACAUCCAUACAGGAGAGGAGUCCCAUUACAGUGAUAUCUGUAGUGAAAAAUUAUCCGAAGAAAGUAAUGUAGCUAGACACAAACGUGCUUACGCAGGAGAGAAGCUAUAUCACUGCAAUGUCUGUGGUAAAUCAUUCUCUCGAAAUGAGUCCUUAACUAGACACAAACUUGUUCAUACAGGAGAGAAGCCAUAUCAUUGUGAUAUCUGUGGCAAAUCAUUCUCUCUAAGCAAUCAUUUAACCAGACACAAAUACACUCAUACAGGAGAGAAACCAUAUCGCUGUGAUAUCUGUGGUAAAUCAUUCUCUCUAAAUGAUGCCUUGGCUAGACACAUACCUGUUCAUACAGGAGAGAAGUCUUGUCGCUGUACUGUCUGUGGUAAAUCAUUCUCAACAAGCUACAGGUUAACUGACCAUGUACGCAUUCAUACAGGAGAGAAGCCAUAUCACUGUGACAUCUGUGGUAACUCAUUUCCUACAACGCGUAACUUAACUGCACACAAACAUAUACAUAAAAAAGAAAAACCAUAUUGCUGUAACAUCUGUGGUAAAUCAUUCACUCGAAAUGGUCAUUUAACUAAGCACAAACGCAUUCAUACAGGAGAGAAGCCAUAUCACUGUGAUAAGUCAUUCUCUGAAGGAAGUAGCGCAGCUCAACACAAAUACAAUCACACAGGUGAGAAGCUAUAUUGCUGCAAUGUCUGUGGUAAAUCAUUCUCUCGAAAUUCUUCUUUAACUAGGCACAAACUUGUUCAUACAGGAGAGAAGCCAUGUCGGUGUGAUAUCUGUGGUAUAUCAUUCUCUCUAAGCCAUCAGUUAACCAGACACAAACACACACACACAGGAGAGAAACCAUAUCACUGCAAUAUCUGUGGUAAAUCAUUCUCUCGAAGUGAUCACUUAACUGGACACAAACUUGUUCAUACAGGAGAGAAACCGUAUCACUGUGAUAUCUGUGAUAAAUCAUUCUCUCAAAGUGGUCACUUAGCUCAACACAAAUGCAUUCAUACAGGAGAGAAGUCCUAAGUGACAUCUGUGGUAAAUCAUUCUCUUGAAAUGACCACUUAGUGACGCACAAACAUAUUAUUAACCCUUUAGCAUUUAAACCGGCCAUAUCCAGCCAAAAGUAUUCUGCCUAUUCUAUGUUCAAACUGACCAGAUCUAGUCUUUCACACCAACCCUACAAUAACAUUUUAAAGAUUAACAGCUACCUCAUCAAAACCUCAGAGCUACAAGUUAAUGCAUGAUUAGUUCAAAACAAUGUGGAUAAAAAAAGCAUUAAUUAUGGCAGAAUAAUGUGAACACUAAAGGGUUAAAGGAGAGAAACCUUAUCACUGUGAUGUCUUUGGUAAAUCAUUUUCUCUGAAAGGUAACUUAAAUACACACAAAUGCAUUGAUACAGAAGAGCAGCCAUAUCAUUGUAACAUCUGUUGGAAGUCAUUCACUUUAAACAAUCAAUUAAACACAAAUCCAUUCCUAGAGGAGGGAAAUCUAUAAUAAAUCAUUCUCUCAAAAUGACAACCGAACUAUAUAUAAGUAUAUUCAAACAGGGGAGAAGUUGUAUCACUGUGAUAAAUUAUUCCCCCGAAAAGACAAUUGAUUACACAUGUAAUGUUUUCUUACAAGUGAGUAAUUGUAUCGGUGUCAUAAUUCUCUCCAUGACGGUAAUAUCUUAUAUAAGAUUAUCUUACAUAUAUAAUAAAAUGCAGCACAUGUCCUGUUGGUGAUGCUAUUUGAAGAAGAGUAAAACAGUAACAAGGAGUUAACUAAACACUUUGUUUCUUUGCAGAAUUUUCUACAUAGGUGCAGCGGUUGAAGUGUGGUAAACAGCUUGCUUACCAACUGCAUGUCAAUGUGUGUGAUUGUCAAACUAAUUAAUCUGCAUAUUUAUAUAAAGUAGAUGUUUGAUAUUAUUCACUUAUGAAGUAGUAAAAUUAAAUAUAAAAAUAUACAUGCUCUUCUUUUACAUAUUCAAUCCUCUUUCUCCCACCAAACUUCUCUCUGUGUAUAUUAAAUUUUAUGGUGACCAGGGUAAAAAUGUGGUGAAUAAGCUAUUGCAUGGCUUUGAUAUUGUGUAUGUAUAGGGAGACUCUAAAUUUGCAUGCAAUAGAAACUAAAUUAUAUCUGCGAGUUCCUUAACAACCUGGAAUCACAUCGCGUGUCACAUCACAAACUCAUAACGAAGAGAAGAUCCUCACUUAUUCAUCAUCAUCAUCAUCGUUUAACGUCCGCUUUCCAUGCUAGCAUGGGUUGGACGAUUUGACUGAAGACUGGUGAAACCGGAUGGCAACACCAGGCUCCAAUCUAAAUUUGGCAGAGUUUCUACAGCUGGAUGCCCUUCCUAACGCCAACCACUCAGAGAGUGUAGUAGGUGCUUUUACAUGUCACCCGCACGAAGGCCAGUCAGGCGAUACUGGCAAUGGCCACGCUCAAAAUGGUGUCUUAUGUGCCACCCGCACAAGAGCCAGUCCAGGGGCACUGGCAAAGAUCUUACUUGGCUUGCUGAGUCUUCUCACGCACAGCACACCUCCAAAGGUCUCGGUCAGUAGUCAUCGCCUCAGUGAGGCCCAAUGUACGAAGGUCUUGCCUCACCACCUCAGCCCAGGUCUUCCUGGGUCUACCUCU